GUCCGGCAGUGACAUUGGGAAGAUGUUCGGGUUACGGCGGGUGUGCGGCCGGGCGGCGAGUUUAACCCGAGUGUGGGCGGGUCCGGCGGGGCCUGAGCUUUCCCCGAGGAGCUUUACUUGUUCUCCCCACAGACUCGCCUACGCCAAAGAGCUGUUCCUCGGCUCCAUCCGGAAGGACGAGGUUUUCCCCUACCCUGAGAUCAGCAAAGAGGAGCUGGAAGAGAUCAACCAGUUUGUGGCCCCCGUGGAGAAGUUCUUCAAUGAGGAAGUGGACUCCAAACUGAUUGAUCAGACUGCCAAGAUUCCUCCUGAAACUCUGGAUGGAUUAAAGAACCUGGGUCUGUUUGGCAUGCAAAUCCCAGAAGAGUAUGGGGGGCUGGGAUUAUCCAAUACGAUGUAUGCACGGCUGGGAGAAAUCAUCUCUCUGGAUGGAGCAAUUGCUGUUACCCUGGCCGCUCACCAGGCCAUAGGACUGAAGGGGAUUCUGAUUGCUGGAAACGAUGAGCAAAAGGCCAAAUAUCUACCGAAACUGGCAUCUGGGGAGCACAUUGCAGCCUUCUGCCUCACUGAGCCGGGCAGUGGCAGUGAUGCUGCAUCCAUCCAAUCCAGGGCAACUCUGACCCCAGACGGGAAGCACUUUCUCUUGAAUGGAUCCAAGAUCUGGAUUUCUAACGGUGGAUUGGCCGACAUAUUUACCGUCUUCGCCAGAACCGAGGUGGUGGAUAAAGACGGUGUAACUAAAGAUAAGAUUAGCGCUUUCAUUGUGGAACGGGCGUUUGGCGGCGUGACCCACGGGAAACCAGAGGAUAAACUAGGGAUCCGUGGAUCUAACACGUGUGAGCUCCAUUUUGAAAACACAAAGGUGCCUGUGGAAAAUGUGAUUGGGGAGGUUGGAGGGGGCUUUAAGGUGGCAAUGAAUAUUCUAAACAGCGGCAGAUUCAGCAUGGGCAGCGCCUCGGCCGGCAUAAUUAAGAAGCUCAUAGAGAUGACGGCAGAGUACGCCUGCACCCGGAAGCAGUUCAACAAGAAGCUCAGCGACUUUCAACUCAUUCAGGAGAAAUUUGCUCUCAUGGCACAGAAGGCGUUUGUGAUGGAAAGUAUGGCUUACCUGACUGCCGGCAUGAUGGACCGGCCCGGGCUUCCUGAUUGCUCAGUUGAGGCAGCUAUGGUUAAGGUGUUCAGCUCGGAGGGGGCGUGGCUGUGCGUGAGCGAGGCUCUGCAGAUCCUGGGGGGAUUGGGCUACAUGAAGGAUUAUCCAUACGAGCGAUAUCUCAGGGACAGCCGGAUUCUCCUCAUAUUUGAGGGGACGAAUGAGAUCCUGCGAAUGUACAUUGCACUCACCGGGAUGCAGCACGCCGGCAAAAUCCUCACUGGCAAAAUCAAAGAAAUGAAGAAAGGGAACGUUGGCGUUGCUAUGGAAUUGUUCUUUAAGAAACUGAGAGACAGCAUGGGAAGGAACGUUAAUUUGGGAUUGACUGGGAAUGAGGGUGUCGUUCAUCCAAGCCUGGAGGAGAGUGCCAAGAAGCUGGAGGAGAAUGUCUAUUAUUUUGGCACCACAGUAGAGAGUUUGCUUUACCGAUUUGGCAAGACUAUUGUGGAGGAGCAGUUGGCGCUGAAGAGAGUGGCUGAUGUGAUUAUAAAUCUAUACGCCAUGACGGCCGUCAUUUCCAGAGCGAGUCGAUCAAUCAGUGUGGGGCUGUCCAAUCACGACCACGAUGUGCUGCUGGCCAACAUGUUCUGCUCCGAGGUUUAUUUCAAGAACAACUACACCCUGGCACAACUGGGCAAACAUUCUCCAGAGAACCAGGAUGACAGUAUCAGGAAGAUAGCGGGGCACAUUCUGGAGAAGAGGGGGUACACCUGCUCCCACCCGCUGGACAGAACCUUCUGAGUGUCACUUCUUCAACCAAAGGAUUUAGCCCCAAAGUUAUUGACUCAGAACUAAUUGCUACUUUGUAUCAGAUUUUGAUAAUUAAAUUUCCUUGAUCCGUUUCAA